UUCCGUGGUCGAUGCAGGGUCAAUGGCGGCAGUGGAAAGGUGGUAUUUUACCAAAGAACAAUUGGCCUGUACCCCCAGUCGAAAAUGUGGCCUGGACGCAGACAAGGAACUUUCCUACCGUCAGCAGGCAGCGAAUUUAAUUCAGGAUAUAGGACAACGCUUGUCAGUUACACAACUUUGCAUCAACACUGCCAUUGUCUACAUGCAUCGGUUUUACUAUUACCACUCGUUCACCAAGUUCCACAGAAAUGCUAUAGCCGCAUGUGCACUGUUUCUCGCGGCCAAAGUAGAAGAGCAGCCACGGAAGUUGGAACACGUGAUCAAGGUGGCACACGUGUGCCUGCACAGAGAUGCACCUGCCUUGAAUCCUAACAGUGAGGCAUACCAGGAGCAGGCCCUGGAACUAGUUUUUAACGAGAAUGUGAUGCUUCAAACUUUAGGUUUUGACAUAGGUAUUGACCACCCGCAUACUUACGUAGUCAAGUGCUGCCAAUUAGUCAGAGCAAGCAAAGAUCUGGCCCAGACAUCGUACUUCAUGGCCACAAACAGUCUACAUCUGACUAUGAUGUGUCUUCAGUACAAGCCAACAGUAGUUGCCUGUUUGUGCAUCCACUUGGCCUGUAAAUGGUCCAAUUGGGAGAUUCCCAAGUCCAGCGAAGACAAGGAUUGGUUUUGGUAUGUGGACAAAAGUUGCACUGCAGAGCUUCUUGAAGAAUUGACAUCCGAGUUCUUGGCAAUAUUGGACAAGUGCCCGAUCCGUCUGAAGCGGAAAAUUAUGAGUGGUGGGGCUUCUGCUUCGACGUCUGGUACGGCAAGUGCUGCUACAGCUGGCCAGUCUAGUUCCAAGAAGGAUGUCAUGGACAAAAGAAUGCUAGAAACCUCAAGACCUCAGCACUCUAGUAGCAACCACGCCGAACAUCCUUCGGCUGACAGCGGUGACCGUACUGGUGCUUCCCGAAAGGCUCACCAGGGCGCGGACCUACAGUCGGGCAGCAGUGGCAGCAGCCGACUGAGACCGAACCCUACCGGCCACUCGCACGCUCAUCCCAACCGUUCACCCACAGUGCCAUCCAGCUUACAGCCACCUAACCAAGGCUCUGAGCACCUGCUUUCACCCGGAAAGCGGAAACUUGAGUCCGCCCCUGGCCAGCCCCUCUCUCUGGAUGCCUACAGGGACAAGAGGCACAAGCAGAAGUCGCAGAAAACACUCCCCCCUGACAACCAUCAACAUAUGCAACAGUCAUCCGUGCGACAUCAGCAGCCCACAAACCAUGACACAAACUUCUCAACGUCUACCACUACCUCAUCCAGUUCUCUAGUAGAUCAGAAAAACGAAGCCCCGUCGGAGGUUCCCCAGGACAACGGCGGGCUGUUCCACGCUGGGAUGGGCUACCCGGCCAUGCGGUCCCCCAAGCACACGACCCUGUUUGAGGGAGAUUCGUCCCUCGAUAGCUUCCUGGGGGGCCUGGACGGUACGGAGGUGCCCGUGACGUCGCCUCUACACUUUGAUGGAUAUUACGAUUCUCAGGACCUCCCUUCAUUCGGAACCACGGAAGAGAGCAACGGACUUUUUACAAGUGUGCCCACUUCCACUUCAGUGUCAUCCUCUGCACCCGUACCGGUGCCCCCAGCACCCCCAGUGUCGGCUCCAGCACCUGCACCUCUGCCGGUCAAUGUGCCGCCACAGCCCGUUGCCCAUGCACAAAGGGGUCGGCCCCCCACGCCUCCCCCGCCACAGCUUUUACCACCAACUGUCAAACAGGACAAAAUAUUAACCCCUCCAUUAUUGCCACCACCACCACCACCACCAGUGACGCCCCAGGUGCCAUCGAACAAGGAGAAGGAGAAAUCAGAAAGGAAAGAACGCAAAGAGCGUCACAAACACAAACACAGUUCAUCGGAGAAAAGUAAAAGCAAACAUUCGUCUCCUUCGAAGCAGGAGAGGGCGCUCGCGGAGCUCAGGGUGCACAAUAGCGAGCGUGUUCCCGACCUGGCGCUCCACAAAGUUGCAGAGGCACCAGAAGCAUCAAAAUCAGUUGCGGCGCCUCAGGUUCCUGGCGAUAUCCCUGCCAGUGUUUCUGAGAAGAAAGCCGAGAGGAAUGGCAUCGGAAAGCAUGACAGGAGAUCCUCCGGGAAACAGCACGGGUCUGAAUCUAAGCGAGAGAAAUCUGAGAGAAGGGAGAAGGAUAGAUCGAGAGAGGAAAAGUCCAGGGAAGACGGCGGAACAAGGAGCAGCCAGCCGUCCAGCGGUGGUCUGAAAAUAACGAUAUCGAAAGAGAUGCUGCAGCAGAGCGGCGGAACAUCGGGGAGCCCACCGCGUGAGGCUCUGAAAAUUAAGAUUCCGAAGCUGAAAAUUGUGCCGCCGACGCCGACGGAGUCUGAACUGACAGCCACGCCUCCGUCUUCUGGUUUGAAGCUGAAGAUCAGCAAGGACCGGCUGCACAGCGGCCGAAAGAGGGACAGGCGGGGAAGCAGCAGCGGCGGUGGCGGCAACGACGACGGACAGCGAUCUCCAAAGUCGCGAAAAACAAACAGCCACGGGAGCAGUACGGCAAACAUGUCGGGCGCAGCAGCCCAGCCCUUCGUGGGGUACCCACCAACCCUGCCUCAGAUCCCCCCGCCGCCACUCAUGCAGCAGCAGGGGUACUACAACCCUCACGGUUACCAUCCCCAGGUGCACGUAGGAGCUGUGCCUACCUACAUGGUACCGCAGUACUUUGGCAUCCCUCCACCGCCCCCUCCGCCUCUUCCUACCGAUCCUCCGCUGCCCAAGGAGCCUCCACUGCCUCCGCCACCUCCCCCUACGGAGUGAUUGUUCAGUUGUUCAUCCGUGUUGUGCAUGUGUUUUGGGGGCCCACAUGCCCCGGUGCUGUGGAUAGGGUUGAGAGAACAUCAAUAAAUAGAUGUCCAGUGUUACAUACACGUAAUUGCUUAGUCCGGGAUAAGAAUGGUAACGGGGAGAGCCGUUUUGCUGUGCAUCGUAACUUAUUUCAGCCCAAAAUGAAUGAAAAACUGCUUCUUCGUGCGACGUACCCUCGGCUCAAUGACCGACGAGUCGGGUACUUGUAGCAGCUAGGUGCAGAGUUCUACAGUGUGAAGCACCAGCACUGAGUUACGUUACUGAGAUGGACUCUAAUGUGGUCUCUCUGAGCCCUCUGCUGUGUGGUUUGGGAAAGCAACGAGACUUUUAAUCAAUUUUUUGUGCGAUACUUCAGUGGAACGCAGUCCUCCGAAGAAUUUGUGCGGUGAUUGUUCCGCGUGGGACACCCAACUUGUACAUAACUAUACAUAUGUGACGGAUUUUUGGACACUUGUACAUUAAGGCGAGGGAGUAGGUAUUUGAAAGUGCUCAUAGAUGUGGGGUGGGGUUGAUGAUUUUUGUCCUUGAGGUUGUUCUGUAAUGUAAGUGUGCCUAGCAUUACUUGUGUAACUAGUUCGGUCUUGAAAGAGGCAAGCACGGGAGUUUGGAUGUUCACGUACACAGAAAAUAUGGUAGUACUUAGCAAGUGCAUCGCCUUAGCGGGAAAUUAUGUGCCCCUCCUUAUCUUUUUUUGUUCUGUGGUUUGAAGUUUGUGGUUUCAUUUCCGAAUGCUCGCUGCAUGCCUUGGAGGUGUGGUGAGCAGUCUUAUCACUGAUCAGUUUCCUUCAUUAUGUUUGUCCUUUCUCUCUGUUACUUGUAUGUACAUCCUACUUUAGGUCCAUCUCAACUGGUAGAAGGCGUGCAAUCGGUAGACUAAUUUUGCUGCAAGAGCAGCGUGACCAUGACCCAAAAUUGGCAAACGUUGCUGCAUGUUACACCUGAUGUGCACCUCCGAAGGCAUUCUACCCAGCUCAAGUGUGUAGGCCAAGUUGGCUUAAAGUACUUGCUAGAAUGCUGAAUGAAUGAAUGGUUGUGUUUAUGCCAUUCUUGACUGUUGUAAAUAAAAGAUUAUUCAACUUAA